AUGGCUAGAAAAGUUACAAACAAAACCAAGGUUGUCAAGAAACCACAAGCUGCUAGAAAACCAAAGGGUAAAGUUGUCAAAGCUUUAAACGUUGAAGAUGUUUCUCCAGAUGCUAAAGAAGAAGAACCAAAAGUUGCAGUAUCUAAAAGUGUCAAAUCAUUAGUUGAUGAUAAAAAGAUUUCAAAAGCUUUAAGUGAAUUGAAAAAAUUUGUCGCUAAUUCAACUAAAGAAGAAGAAUCAAAAGCUCAGUUAUUUGAAGAUGAAUUAAGUAAUGAUUUACAAAUUAUCUUCACAAAGAAAAAUUUAUUUACUUCAAAGAAAAAUUUCAAACCAAAAUUAAUUCAUAUUCAAGAUAAACCUCAAAAUGAAGAACAACCAAAAAUUGUGUUAUUUGUAAGAGAUGAUGUUAUUGAUAAAGAAUUAUUGGAAAAGAUUGAAGAAUCUGAAUUAAAUUCAUUAAUUGAACAAAUUAUAACUGGAUCUGAUUUAAAAAGUACUUAUAAACAAUAUGAAAAAAGAAGAGAAUUAUAUUCAUUAAAUGAUAUAUUUUUAGCAGAUGAUUCAUUAAUAACAACAUUACCAAAAUUAUUAGGUAAAGUUUUCUAUGAUUCCAAAAAAUUACCAAUUCCAAUCAAGAUUAAUAAAGAAAAUUUCUCAAUUCAAUCAGUUAUAAAUCAAGUUAAUAAAAUUUCAAAUUCAAUAGUGUAUUCACUUCCAAGAAGUAAUAAUUUAUCUGUGAACCUAGGUUCCAUUGAAACUAUUAAUGAAUCUGUUUUGAAACAAGUUAUUGAACAUUUCCAAAAUGAAGAAUUAAGAUCAAUCUUCAUUAAAACUAAUCAAUCACCUGCAUUACCAUUAUAUGAAUUAGAUACUGUUUAUACUGAAGAUGAUGUUAAACCAACUGAUAAAGAAGAAAUCAAGGCUAAAGAAUCAAAUGUUUCAAUUGAAGGAUUACCUGAAAAUAUCAAAUUAAGUGAAUUUGAAAAAGGUUUGAUUGAAUUAGCUAACCCAACAGAAAUUCCUGAAUUGUUUUCAUCAAAGAUUAAGAAAUCUAUAAAGAAGAGUAAACAAGAGAAUAAAGAUAAAGUUAGUAAACCUUUGUUGAAGAAGAAAACCAAGAAAUCAAUCAAAGCUUGA